ACAGAUGUACGCAAACGCAAAGCAGACCAAAACAGCCAAGACGCAUGAUCAAAAAGAUUUUGUACGGCUAACCCGACGAGUGAAUAUCGAUUAUAAAAUAAGACAAAAGUUCUCUAACAAAAAUGAGUCGUACGGUUUUAAACGGAAUUUGAUUGAAUUAAAAAUACAUGAUGCUUGUCAAGGCUGUGCUGUGUUUAUCGAGUUUACACUUCUUCAGUGUUGCGGCUCAGGAGCAAUGUACAGAUUUGCGCGGUCGGUUGAUUUCCCACGGACUUCAUUAUGUGCCUGGCCCAGAUACUUGUACUCUGUGCGUUUGUGACAAUGGAUUGCCAAAAGUGUGUAAGGCGGUCCUAUGUUCACCUCCUCAGGAUUGCCGAUCUUUCCGUGUGGGUAACACAUGUUGCGAGUUCAUUUGUUUGGACGACGUCGUAAAGCCCGCGGAAGGGGCGGAGGCCAAUGUACGCAUGGCGGCCGGGGGCGCUGCCGCCGUGGUCCUCCUAACGGUCGCGCUGGUCGUGUACCGAGUUAGGAAGCAGAAGCGACGCCGCCCUCCACAUGCUGAUGACCAGAGGAGCUUAACUAGCAUUGGGUACAUCAGUGGCAGUAUGGGCUACAUGGGCGGUACGUGUGAGACAGCGCUGGCCGCGUGGAAGCCGUCCAGUAACUACCUGCCUAGAGGAGAAGCGCCGCCUCCCUACGACGAAGCCAUCGCUCAAUGUCGACCAGAAAACAUGAGAGUGUCAAACGAGCCAUCGUACCACCGCACGUACCCGGCGACGGUAGAGACGAUGUCUCGGCCGGACGACGUGCCGUGCGCCGGACACGGAUACGUCAACGUACCGCGGCCCGUCACACAGGUCACAUAUUAUAUCGCCAACACUCAGAACUGUUACAACGCGCCCCUGCUGCAGCCGGUGCACCAGCCGGACAGCCGCGAGCCCGCCUCCAUGACACAUCAUCCUCUCGCGCCCAACAUGGUGGGGUUCCCCAGCGCCAUUCGCCUGACGGGGUCGCUGGGCGCCAUCAGCAAUCGCGGGCUGUUGUCGGUGCUGGCGCGCGAGUCUGACCGCGGGGCCGACCGCGGACCCGACCGCGACCACGAGCGACCGCACAACGUGCCCGGCUUCUACACCAACGCGCCCAACGUACAUACCUCGCUGCACCGCACUAUCCCCCGUAUAUCGACUGCCGUGGACGCUACUCUCCUAGACACGCCUAUAUCCGGGUUCAACCGCGCGGACCGUUCGCUACACAAUGAGAUCCGCCGCUCCUUCCACAAGCCCAGCGACAACAACCGACACAACGCCGACACUGGCCGCAGCAUGCCCAGGAACCUUAACCUCGCUUCAGCUAACGAUAUCACGAGGAACAUCGAACCAGUCGAUGUGGACACGAGCCAGGCCCGUUUGAGCGGUAGUACAGGAUGGCGAGGCCGGACUCAUAGCGAGGAACAUAACGUGGGCGCAGAGCGGGCCGCAGACACUGCCACACCUGCACCGCAUGCUCAGCACACUCAGCACACUCAGCAUAAUCAACACACUCAGCACACUCAGCAUAAUCAACACACUCAGCACACUCAGCAUACUCAGCAUCCUCAGCACACGCAGCAUACGCGAGGUCCUCACGCCCCGCCCACGCCCGCGCCCGCGCCACCCGCGCCACAGCCCACACUGCCACUCACCGUCGACAAGCCGUCGUGCGUGUGCAGUUACUCGGGCUCGGCCCCGGGCGCGGAGGACGCCGACGACUACCGCAGCGAGUGCGAGAACUGCAAGUCGGCCAGCAGCUCUAGAUGGGUCCUGGAGGAGGGCUGGGAGGGGGGCGGGCUGGAGGGCGGCGGGACGCAGACGCUGCAGCGGCGCGCGCCGCCCGCGCCCGCGCCGCCGCCCGCCACCGCCACCCUGCCGCAACCUGUCACCAAGCAACCUCGAACAGUGAUGGGUCCUCCGUCUAACUGGGAGAACUGGUUCAACACGAUCCCUGACUCCGACUCCGAGUCCGAGGAGGAGUAGACACGCUCACUACCACAAUCACGCACAGCUACGUCACACACAACUAAUUACGACACCCUGACAAGUAUUUAACUAAUGGAGUAUUCAUGUUUCAUCAUCAUCUUAUCAGCCAUAGGUUGUCGACUGCUUGAGGCUUAUAACAUUAGCCUCGCCAAAUACUUUCGGCUCGGGUGGAUGGAGGCAACAUGCAUCCACCUUCUUUUAAAAAACUUCCACAUACUAGGGUUUUAUCUUGAGUUGUGGGUGUAUUUAUAAACACAUAAUUUCACAAGUAACGGUCACCUUUCGACCAGGUCAUUCGAUAACUACUAAAGCUUUGGCUGGCGACAGAAAACUGUUAAAGGUAUUUGCCUUCACAUAAUUUCGUCAGCUAAUAAAUCUUACGUUUACAUUUCAUUGGCAUAUAACGUGUUAAUUUGUUUGCAAGUUGGCUUUACGGAAAACCUCGGUUUAUCAGUAUAUGUCUUGUAGAUGAUGAUGAUAAUGAUAAUGGCUGUUCCCAUACCAAUAUCAUUUAUGCUCCAGUAUCUCUCCAUUCGUUACUAACUUGUUCUACCACGAAAUACUUCUAACAUGCUUGGGGUGUAUGCUGGAUAAGGAUUGUACUCAGUAUGUAAAUGUUGGCAAAAUUAGGUAGGAGCUCGAAUAUAAGAUAUAAUGGCUGAUGAUUCGACACCCAUUCAACUGUUAGAAGUAUCUCGUGAAGCGGGGUGUAUAACACCUGUGUUUAAAUCGUAUGUCGUAAGUUUCAAAAUGUAUUAUUAGAUUUUUAUUAAAUUCUUCACUUCUUUAUUUUACGAAGUAAAUGUUAAUAGUAAAUUAUGCCAAUAUUUUUUUAAAGAUGGCUAAUUUUAUUCUGUAGUUAGUGCUAGUUACAAUUUAGACUUGUCUCUUUCUAAGUUGCUUAUGAAGCAAGAUAAUUUUGUCAUUACAUUUAAAUAUUUACAUUCUUUAACAGUACCUUAUUAUUUAUU